CCUGAGGCCUUGCCACCCCUCGGACCAUGUUUAACGGGGAGCCGGGUCCGGCCUCGGCCGCGGCCUCCAGGAAUGUGGUUCGGAGCUCCAGCAUCAGUGGUGAAAUCUGCGGCCCCCAGCAGGCUGGGGGUGGGACCGGGACCACCACGGCCAAGAAGCGGCGCAGCAGCCUUGGGGCCAAGAUGGUGGCCAUCGUGGGCCUGACCCAGUGGAGCAAGAGCACGCUGCAGCUGCCCCCAUCUGAAGGGGCCACCAAGAAGCUGCGCAGCAACAUCCGGCGGAGCACAGAGACGGGCAUCGCGGUGGAGAUGCGGAGUCGGGUCACACGCCAGGGCAGCCGGGAGUCCACAGAUGGGAGCACCAACAGCAACAGCUCCGAGGGCACGUUCAUUUUCCCCACCACUCGGCUUGGGGCUGAAAGCCAGUUCAGUGAUUUCCUGGAUGGGCUGGGGCCAGCCCAGAUUGUGGGGCGACAGACAUUGGCGACGCCACCGAUGGCUGCACGCCUGGCAGUGCCGAGUGCCUGCUCGGUGUAAGACGGUGAACCAGAGGGGGCGCCUGGG